AUGACGCACUCGCCCAAGACGGUUCUCAUCACCGGCUGCAGUGUUUGCGGCAUUGGCUCAGCACUUGCCCUCGAAUUCCAUCGUCGUGGCCUGCAUGUCUUCGCUACGACCCGCAGCUUUAACAAGAUGGCCUAUCUGACCAACCUUGAUCGUGUUACGCUGUUGCAACUCGACAUGACCUCGCAAGCGAGCAUUGCCGCUGCCGCUGCUCAAGUUGACAAGACCACUGGUGGUUCCUUGUAUAUCCUCACCAACAACUCCGGCUCUCAGUAUACCACUCCAUCCAUGGAAGUCAAGCUUGAUGCUGCCCGCUCCAUGUUCGAGGUCAAUAUCUUUGGUGUUGCCGCUGUCUACCAGGCCUUCGCCAUGUUCAUCACGACCGCCCACGGAACCAUUAUCAACGUCUGUUUCAUAUCUGCUCACGUGCAGACUCCCUCUAUGGGCUUCUACAGCGCCUCCAAGACUGCCUUUGAGGUAAUGAGCGAGAAGAUCCGCCUAGAAAUGGCCCCUCUGGGCGUCCAUGUCAUAUCUCUCGUCCCCGGAGCCGUCGGCUCCAAUAUCAUGACCAACGGUGCCACCCCAGAACUCCCAGAUACAUCACCCUUCAAACCUGCUGCGAAGGGGAUGGUGACUCUAGCUAAAGAUGGAGACUGUCACGCUCGCAUGCUCACUGAAACAUUUGCCAAAAAGGCUGUAGACGAUGUGCUCAGUGAUGCUGAGGGGAAGCUGUGA